GAGGUACCUUCACCUCUGCUACAGCCUUUCUUCUCCCAACAAUCCGUUCACCCAACUACCGCUGACUCGCGCGUGGCUUUUCCGACGACGGCGCCAGCGACGCCGCCGCCUCCCUACGCCAGGUGCCCAAGUCUUCGCCGGCGACGAGCGCCUGCCAGGUUCGCCCCUGAUCUCUGGAACCAUGGGGACCUCUGCCCAGGAAUCGCCUCUCUGGAAGCACAUCGACAACGCCGAGUACUAUCUAGUCAGUGGAUCAUUUGAGCAGGCGAUGUUGGCUGCUUUAUCCGUCGCUGAUCAAAUACGCAUGGCUUCUUUGGAGAGCACAUGUGACGAGGACGAGCUCCUGGAGUUGUUUGAAUCAGCUGGGAUGGUACUUGUGCAGGCACUAAAAGAACUCAGGAGAACCCCUGAGAUGUUUGUUCAGCUUAAGAGGAUGUUUGGUUCAGUGGCAUCAGUACCUGCUAGGGUUUUCCUUACAGGAGCUACAAUUCAAAUGGCAGCAGGAUCGGUAUCUGACCUCAAACCAAACUUUGAGGAGUACCUUGCUAAUUGGAGAUAUACAAAUGAUGAGGUUUUUGUUUUGGAUGGAGGGCAUGGCAGUGCUUCAAAUGGUUUUGUUGUUACAUCUGUUAUGUCAACUGGGCAGUAUUUUCAGGUGGCAGAAUUGUAUACAGUAACAUUCCUCUGUAUUGUCUCUCAAGAUAGUGAAACUGCUAUCUCAUGGGCUGAAAAAGCUGAUCUGACUGAGCAAAGCCGACAGGAUCUACUUAAAAAGCUUCAUGCAGUACGAUUAGCUGCAAAUAAAAAGCUGUCGGCUGUUGAAGGGGUAAAACAAACAGCAGAGAGGAACCUUUCUACUUCUACAAAUGGCUCAACACCAUUGCCACAUGAGGAUCCUCCAAAGAAGAUAGCUCCUGUGUGCGACGGGCUCAAAAAGGUCCUAGUGAAGUCCGCUCAACCAUCCCAGCACGUUGCAAAUCAAUUUGAUCCGUUGUUCUGGUGGUUUCAUUCGAUUCGCCUGAAGUUUGGAAAAAUACAUAUUGUUCUACCAAGCGGUAAGCUAAUGUUUCUGUUCUCACUGCUGUUCUCAACCAUGUACGUGCUCCGAAGGAAAACUGCUGGAUUGAAGAGGACUGUGUUCCAGCAAGCUUCUUCUCUGCGACGAGCAUUCCUUGAUGCACUUCAGCUUGCGUUCUCUGUCCAGAUGAACCCUCUAGCUGCUGUCCAACAAGUGCCACAAGCCCCUCGAGGAAGCUGGUUAUGAUGUAAUUCUUUAUGCCACGAUCUAUGUAACAAUAUAACUCAACUGAAAUUCGACAGAUGACCAGAUUCUGUGUCACAGAAAAUGUAAAUACACCUGUGCUUAAUGCAGCAUGAUCAUAUGAUCUGGGUUUUUUUUGUGUCCA